ACUAUAUCAUCGUGCCAUGAUCACCUGAUCCCCUUCAUGUGCUCCGUUUACUAUCCGGAAUGCACCCAUAACGGCCCCACCCAUCGGGUGUGCUACUCCGACUGUUUGGCAGUCACUGAUGCCUGCAAGGCAUCCUUUGAGCAACUCCUCGACCCUCCUUGGCCCGUCAACUGUUCCAUGUUUACCGAUGAACAGGAGGAAGAUGGGAGCUGUUUUGGCCCUGCGGGAGAUAUUUUCGAUACCAACAUAUGCGGGACACGCCCUGCAUACGCACCAGACCAAUACAGGGUUCUUGGUGGUACCAACGCACGCCAAGGGGAAUUCCCUUGGAUUGGUUCACUCCGCAUCGAAGGAUUGGAUUUUGGAGGACAUUGGUGUGGGUCUACCCUGAUCAACUCUCAAUGGGUUCUUACCGCCGCUCACUGCGUUGAUUACUACGUCGAUCGUGUGGUUUUUGGGAACGCACACUUGACGGAUGACUCCGACAACGAGGUAGCGGUUGAGGUGGCUGAUAUUUUCGUCCAUCCCGAGUACGACUCUUAUUGGCUCUUCAACGACAUCGCUCUGAUACGACUUGCUGAACCAGUGACAUUCAGUGACUACGUUAGACCCGCGUGUCUGUCGGAAUCCUCGGACGAACUCAAGGACUAUCGUCGCUGCCUCGUCGCUGGAUGGGAAACUACACUGGAUGGCCCACCGUUGACGCCAAGCUUGAAAAAAGCAGUGGUGAACCUUCUUGACCAAGACUGGUGCAAUUCUGAACUUUUCUACAACGGGUCUCUGACAGAAGAAGAUAUAUGUGCUGAAUAUGCGCCAGGUGGAAUUGAUACUUGUCAGGUAACUGCUAUCUAUGGCGUAGCCUGA